GAGCGCGGCUCACCACAGCGAGGAGAUAGGAAGAUGGCAUCCACCGAGCAACCUGAUCCACCAACACAGGCUGGCCUUCCACCUGGAGACAGUGGGCCAGCUCCCCCCAGAGAAGCACUGAUUAUCACCGCUGUAAAAUUUCUCCAGAACCCCAAAGUACGUCAGAGUCCCUUGGCCACCAGAAAAGCUUUCUUGGAAAAAAAAGGGCUGACGGAUGAAGAGGUAGAGUUGGCCAUCCAGCGUUCCGGUAGCACAGAAGAAGUCCUGGCCCUGAGCCCUGUGGGACCCCCACAUCCACUCCACGCAACUCAGCUGGUUCCUGUAGUUCACAGUCCAGCAGGCUACCGAUGGAAAAACUACGGUGCCCUCACCAUCAUUAUGGUGGGCAUCGCCUUUGGCUUUCAUCAACUUUACAAGAAAUACAUCCUUCCCCUCAUUAUGGGCAGCCGAGAGGACAAGAAGCAUCUGCAGAGGAUGGAGAGCAACAUUGCGGCAAUGAGUGGCACGCUGACACAGACAGUGAGCCAGCUGCAGCAGACCCUGCUCACUGUCCAGGAGCUCCUGAUACAGCAGCAGCAAAAAAUCCAAGAGCUCUUGAAGGAACGGACUUCAGCAGAGACAUCAUCUUCAACCAACCGCAUCCUGGACAACCAAACAAUUGGAGAGCUGAAGCAAGAGAUAGUCUCUUUGAAGGGCUUACUGCUCAGCAGGAAACAAUUCCCCUCCUCUCCCUCUAUUCCUAAGAUCCCCUCAUGGCAGAUUCCCCUGAAGCCACCUUCAACAUCCAGCUCGACGUCCGUUAACCACAGCAGCAGCGACAUCUCCCCUGUCAGUAAUGAGUCCGCCAGCUCCUCCCCUGUCAAAGAUGUACAUCACAACCCUCAGGAUGAACUGGGAGGCCCCGAUGGAGCCCAUGUUAUGAAUGGGGAUGCCUGCGCCGUCGGCAACGGCACGGCGCUGCCCGUGGACCUGAAAGACCAGGUCCGCAUGGAGGUGCAGGGUGAGGAGGAGCGGAAGGAGGAAGAGGAGGAUGAUGUCAGCCAUGUAGAGGAGGAAGAGGAGGAGGAGGAGGGUCUGAGCAUGCAGACAGAAGAUCGGCGAGGUGGGGAUGGACAGAUUAAUGAACAGGUGGACAAACUGAGGCGACCAGAGGGUGCCAGCAAUGAGAGCGAGGUGGAUUAGUCAACAGCACAAAAACACUCUCCAAACACCACUUCCUGUCUCUGCCGAUGGCUUUGUUUCAAUCUGCUGCUCUCUGCUCACACUCGCUCUGUUUGUUUUUUAUUUUUAAAAUCUAUCUCCACUGUCUCUUUCCUCUUGUUUCUCUAACCGCUUAAUCUCGAGCAAAAUGAGGAGUAGGCAUGAACGUGAGAAGACGCAAAACGGACAAAUAUUGUCUAGUUGACUCGUGGCUUAUCUCAAUUUGCUUUUCAUCAUGCAAACGAAAUGACCCGAAUGCUGAGCCGAGUACCAUUUUGUGAUCUUUCCGGGAAAUGACGGGCAAUAGGCAAAUCAGAGGGAGUUUAGAGGGUUCAUGCAGAACUAACCAUGUAACCGACUGCCUUUAAUUUUCAUGAUUUGAUCAGAUAACUCACAGCUGUGCGUUGGUGUCCUUGUAAUUGUACUAAGGCUUUAUACAGACCAAAGAGGCGACGCUGCACAGAAUGUCUCUGCUGUGUAGCUGCAGCUGUGGGUCAGGAGUCAUAUGUUGGUACUUCAGUCACAGAGUUACUGUGAGCUUCCAGAGAAGCAUUAACACAGUUUGUCUCCCUGGUGAUGGCAAUAGGAGAGGACACGUUCUUCCAGGGCCGGAGCUUUUAGCCUCUUUUAUGUGUCCUUUCGCAUUGGUGUCAGUCUGUCAAUAAUUCACAAGGCCAGCAGGGUGGCAUUUGCGUGAAAUAAAAGCCCUGAAAUUCGAGAUUAGAAUGUGAUGACGGGCUUUGUUCCAUGCCGGUGUCAGGGUGUUCAUAGGCUCAAAGGAGGGGAAGAUAAAUGUUUUUUCCCCCCGCUUUCCUUUUUCACUGAGGGCUGAAUUGUACCUCUCUCGUGCGUGUGUUUGUGCGUGGCAGACGCUGUCUGCUGAGCUGUAUCUGUGUCUCCAGCAGGGCAGCUGAUUUGGUUUGUGAAGUAUGUUAAUAAUCAAAUGAUCAACAAAUAACAGAUGUAUUAGUUCAUGCAGCUUGAAAUGUCAAGGAGGCUAAAACUCGAAAUCUAAUACAGAAAGCCCAGUUGCAUUGUAUUAUUUUCUGUGACACACCCUCCGGUCCAAAUUAUGUAAGGCCUCCUACAGUGAGUAAUCUUUACAGAAAACGGCGCCGAUAUUUUGUAAUUAAGCUGCAGUAAGACGAGGGCUGCCACAGAUGGAAGUUGCACAACUCGUAUCACUUUUAUUUAUCUUGGUGUGGAGGUGGAUGGGGGAAGUAAAAAAGACAACAAAAAUGCCCCAUGAUUGAAAAGGAAAGCAAUAAAUGAAUUCUUGACUUAUUGAAUUACUCACUCUGUCUCCAGCUAACAAGAAGAGUCCCUGAGUGAGAAGGAGGGAUAUCAGCUCUCGUGCCACUUCCACCUCCAUCACACGGCCUGCAUAGGAACACAGAAAAGGUAGAGGGACACUGGACAUUUCUCUGUGACAAUGGUCCUAAUCUACUCAUCGGUUUUAGUUCUGUUGAUGUACUUUGUUUUCAAAGUUUCAAAUGAUGAGACGACAACAACGCUGCAGUGUCCUCUACAUGUUUCCUUAAGUAGAAACACAUUUGUGUGGAUGAAUAACCUUGGUUAAAAGAAGUCGAGGUUCGAUGUUUUUUAGCAAAGUGGUUUCAGUCAUUGUUCCUUUCUAUAAGCUGAGUGUUAGCCAGGGGUGUGACAUUACUGUCACACAUUGGGUUUAUAAAUAUUCUAAACCAACUGAACACACAUGCUACUGAUUAACCUAGUAUUUCUGUAACUAUCCUAUUCAUGAAAUCCUUUUUCUUUUUUUCAUUCAGCUACUAUUUUCCAUGUGUCUCCUCAAAGUGUUUAUUUUGAAGUAUACAAAAACAACAAAGUGUUCAUUGUAAAUCCUAAUACAUGAACAUGUACCAACUUUGAAUUUCCAUCCAUUCAAUUAACAUUUAAUGAAAUAAAAAUAAAAAUCACGAACCUCACGCUGAAAGGUGUUUAGUUGUCACUUUUAAGUGGGUUGUGUUGUUUUUUUGUCUUUGCUUUUAAUCUGAGUUGUUUGUGUAAAUGUGUUUUUUCAGGGGAAGGAACAUUUUCCUGCAAUAUUCAUAUCAAGUAAAUUUGUACAAUUUCUUGUUUUUGUUUGGCAAUAAUAAAAUCAGACCAUGUAAAA